UCUAUUUGACGUACACAUGGUGUGUUGCUAGGUAACAAGUUUGUUUGUAAACAAAUCCCUUUAAUUAUUUUAUGACAAUCAGUAGGUGACACUGAAAAGUAUCACUUCCGGUUGUGUUUCUAUGUGAUGGCAGAAGUUCAUAUUGUUGGUGAAAUAUCGCACGCAAAAGAAUUUCCAAAACAAGAACUUUUCUGCCGUUGGAAAUUACAUUGUGGUAAUAAUUGGAAAGUGAUUUCUGGCAAACAAGAAGGUCAAACUCAGGUGAUAAGUUCAGAAUUUGAUGAUAAAUGUAAAUGGGCUUAUCCUCUUGAUAUACAUUUAACAACAACUGGAAUUCCAGGUUGGCCUAAAAUUUACGUUCAAGUUUAUCAUUUGGAUUGGUUAAAUAGAAGUCAUUUGUACGGAUACGGUUUCGUUUGUAUCCCUACAAGUCCUGGGUCGCACGUGCUAAAUUGUUACACGUGGCGACCGUUAGGAUCGAUACGCGAACGAUUCAUACAAUAUUUUCUCGGUGGUGGUCCUCAAUUAAAAUACCCCGACUUGAUUUUAUCGUCAAACGAUCGUUAUAAAUUAAAUACCGAGGCUAUGGGAGUAGUUUCUUUUGAAGUUAAUAUUGUUUUAAGAAAUUUUAAUAAAUUUGGAGUUGAAUACGAAUAAUUUAAAUAUGGAGAAAAUUGUUUUCUUCGGAUUCGUGCUUUUUGGCAUCGUAUUUAAAGUAUUUUCCGGAACAAGUACUACAAAUACUGAAAGUACAACUGAAAUCAUUACUUCAGAAAUAACGAAUGAUUAUGAAAAUGAUAACGUAACUUUAGAAUUUGGUAUAGAUGAUAAUAGCACUUGUGAUGAAAAUUGUACCACUUUAACAACAGUUAAAACGGGUUCAUCGCCGACUAAAGCACCAACUACUAUUAAACCAAACGUUAAAGUACCAAAGAUUUCUUUAUCGUCGUCAACUAAAACUUGCUUUUGCAAUAUUCAGGAGAAAGUUUGUGAUAUAAACUGUUGUUGCGAUAAAGAUUGUAAUUAUGAUAUGAGGCAAGUUUUUGGGAAAUGUGACGAUGAUCUUAAUAGAGUUUACGACACCUCCUUUUGUGAAUAUACUAAGUAUAUUUACAAAAAUAACACGCCGUUUGAAUGGACUGUCAAUCAAAAUGGAUUUUUUUGCGUGGCUAAGACUAAUUUACCACGACAGUAUUAUAUUCAUAAAGACAUU